UUUCCUUUUAAUUCAUGCAAUGUCCACCAAGAAAAAACGAAAGGAGCACGUCUCCAAAAAUGAGGCUCACCUAACCAUAUCAUCAACAGAUGGGUUAGGAGAAAACUAUGGUAGGCUGCCAGUUGAUCUCCUGGUCGAUAUACUCUCCAGAUUGCCUGUGAAAUCCGUCGCGAGGUCUCGUUGUGUGUCAGCGAAUUGGAAUUCUCUUCUAUGCAACCCACAUUACACCGACCUGUUCCUGACGAGGUCUUCUACUCGGCCGCGUCUCCUUUUCACUUUUGAAGCUGAGGGUAAGUGGUCUAUCUUCUCUGCACCUGAGUACCUGAUUUCAGACAACAAUUCAAAUCUCAUAGUUGUGGAUAGCCAUAUGGAUGUCCCUAGAGAUUACACCUUUCGAGUUUGUGAGCCUGUUUGUGGAUUGUUGUGUACGAGAGAUGAGUAUGAAUUGAGUGGAAGGAGGGAUGCAAGGAUGAUGAUAUGUAACCCUAGCACAAGACAGUUCAAAUCAUUACCCAAGGUGAGAUCGAGGAGGGGUCGGGUUGUAACCUAUCUUGGGUAUGAUCCAGUCGAAAAACAAUAUAAGGUAUUGUGCAUGACAAUUCGCGAAAAGCCCUUUUUGUAUAAAGCGGAAGAGUUUCAAGUUCUAACGCUAGGAACUGACAAGCUGAAAUGGAAAAUGCUUGAAUGUUCAGUAGACCAUUACCCUUAUGCUAGCGAUGUAUGCAUCGAAGGGGUUUUGUACUACGUAGCUAUGAAUCGUAAGUCUAGAAACGAUAUUAUAGUCUGCUUUAAUGUUCAGCUGGAGAAGUUCAACUUUCUUAAUAUUGAGGAUAUGGAGUAUCAUUGUACUUUAAUAAAUUACAAGGGUAAAUUAGGAGCAAUUUUUCAUCCAUCAAUCGGUAAUUUUAUGGAUGGAGGAGCUGCAAGCUUUGAGUUGUGGGUUCCAGAUGCAACUGAUGAAGAACGUACAUGGUCAAAGCAUAUUCACAUAUUGCCGCCUAUGUGGAAGGAGCUAGUUGCGGAGACUAGAGUUUACAUUGUUGGGAUUAUUGGAACAAGUGAAAUUGUGUUUUCUCCAUUCCACUUGUCCAAUCCGUUCUACAUAUUUCACUUAGAUAUGGAGACGAACACUCUCAGAAGAGUUGGAAUUCAAGGGACUGGACCUGUUAACGGUCAUAAUAUCUAUGCCUACUUAAACCAUGUCGAGAAUUUGAAGCUUAUUAUGUAAGUUCUUAAUAAUUUUGAAUUUCAUAAAAAGUUAAGAUCAGUGCUAUUUUUCCUCCUAAUUUAUUUCAUAAAGUACAAUAUCAUGAAUUCUUAAGACAAUCCUUGUUUUAUCAUGUAUUUUUCCCAUUGUUCAGUUAUUAUAAAUGACUAUGUUAUAAUUA